AUGCCUAUUCUUUCUUUCUUUCUUUCUUUCUUUCUUUCUUUCUUUCUUUCUUCUCCUACUCUCUCAUUUCUCUUUCUUUCUUCUCUAUUCUUUCUUUCUUUCUUUCUUUCUUUCUUUCUUUCUUUCUUUCUUUCUUUCUUUCUUUCUUUCUUUAUUUCUUUCUUUCCCGACUCUAAUUUCUCUUUCUUUCUUCUCGUCCUUCCGUUCUUUUUUUUUUUGACACCCACUAUUCUUCUCUCUUACUUUUUCAUUUCUUUGUUUGUUUGUUUGUUUGUUUGUUUCUUUCUUUUCCUACUCUCUCAUUUCUCUUUCUUUCUUACUCCUGUUGUUUCUUUUUUGACAUACCUAUUAUUUCUUUCUUUCUUUCUUUCUUUCUUUCUUUCUUUCUUUCUUUCUUUCUUUCUUUCUUUCUUUCUUUCUUUCUUCUACUCUCUCAUUUCUUUUUCUUUUUCUCGUAUUCUUUCUUUCUUUCUUUCAAUAGUUCAUGAUUUUAAUAGCAGCGGACGUUAA